AAAUUUAGUAAAUUGUACACCAUUGUACACAUUUCAUGAACUUUUGCCCGGUAGAAAAAAAAUUAUGCACUUUGCAUAGAGCUAAUAACAUAAAAUAAUACAUAUUAUGUAACGCAACAAAAUAUUUAUUAUUGUAAGUAAUUGAUUUAAACUUUCACAACAUUAGCAAGGAUCACGUAAUAAUUUGAGUUAAAUUAUCGGUCUUGCUUUUGCGCGGUAGCAUAUUUAUAUCCUAAUAUUCGAACACAAAAGUGUUCUUAAUACCUAUUACUUAGAAUCAGACUUAGAAUUUAGAAUGGUCGCUGAAGCUCCCACAGUAAAACUGUCUAAUGGAAAAGAAAUGCCAAUUGUCGGACUCGGCACUUACGCUAGAUCAGCUGACCCUGGACAGUAUAGUCAGGCUGUGGAAUCAGCUAUAGAAAUUGGUUAUAGGAACAUAGACACAGCUUCCAGUUACAACAAUGGAGAAGUCGGUGAAGGCAUUAAUAACAUGAUAAAAAAAGGUGUUGUUACACGGGAGCAACUCUUUAUUACUACUAAGUUAUGGAAUGCGGCAGGGCAAUCAGAUGUAGUGCCUGCUCUGAAGGAGUCAUUGGCUAAGCUUAAUUUAAGCUACGUCGACCUGUAUCUUAUACAUUGGCCAUUUUCAGUAAAUGAUAAAGGCGAAGAGGCAUCUAUAGACUACAUAGAAACAUGGAAGGGAAUGGAAGAAGCUGUAAAACUUGGCCUGACAAAAUCUAUUGGCGUGUCUAAUUUCAAUCAAGAACAGUUGGACAGAGUGCUAAAAGAAAGCAUGGUCAAACCUGUUGUAAAUCAGAUUGAGAUCAACCCAACUUUAACGCAACACAAAUUAGUCGACUAUUGUAUACGAAACUCCAUAAUACCAAUAGCUUAUACUCCUCUAGGUCUCAUAUCUGAGGCGAGGCCGGAGUUUAAAGAUUUAGAUCAUAUAAAAACUGAUCCGAAGCUAGGCGAAGUGGCUGAUAAACAUGGAAAGACGCGGGCACAGGUUGCUUUGAGAUAUUUGAUCCAACGGAAUAUUCCAGUCAUACCAAAGUCAUUCACCAAGUCUCGUAUACAACAGAACCUGGACAUUUUCGAUUUUCAACUAAAUGACGCAGAGAUGGCAAUAGUCGAUGGUUACAAUAUCGAUCAUCGAUGUGUUCCAGCUACCAAAUUCGCGCAUUUUAAAACUACCCUUUUGAAGAUUCUUUAGCUGGUUCGUGAAUACUCAUACGUAAAUGUUUCAAUCAAAGAUUUAUAAUUAAGUAAUAUUUUGAAAUUAUAUACUGAUUAGGGCACAAGUAAUUGUGUGUCCAAAACAAAAUAUUAUCAAAGGAAAUGCUUCAUUAUGUAUAUUUUAAUAAGGUCACAAUUUACAUAUUUCGUUUAAGCAUGAAUAUUAUUAAUUAUUUAUCAAACGGUAUAAUUAAAUUGUACCGUAUCAAUAGCAUUUACUAAAUGAUAAUUUAUGGUUGUGGAUUAUAUUUCAACAAAAUAAAUUAUGUUUACGUGA